AGGUGUCUGAAGACACGAAAAGUGAGUGAGCUCUCCCUUAAGACACACACACAGACUAAAGUGAUAGCUAGUAUCUACUUGCCUGUCAAUGUAAGUCCGCUAGCUAGAUAACUACUACUAACGAGCUUGGAAGUUGUGAACUGCAGUAAGCUCUUUCCAAGAAACGUUAUCGUAACGUCAGCCAAUCGCAGUUAUGUCCAUCUCAGCAGCAUGUAGCACUGCCACGAACGUCAGUAUUCUUUUAAUUUAGGCAUAUUUAAUGGCUAUUCCCGUUUUGCGCUUUCAAAAGACAUUGCCGAAGCAAUUAUAGCCAUUUAUUUGAAGCUAGCGCGUUAUAGAGUUUAGUUUACCACGUGAACUGUCACACCCUACGGAGGACGUCACCGCCUUGAAAGCUUCAUCGACAAAUGGCGGCUACACAUAAAACGUUCCUCUCAGGAAAACGAAUUAUGGUGAAGGUUUCAAGCAGCGACAUACUAGAUGAGUUAGACCUCCUUGAAAGCGAUGAUAUCGCUCUUGUAGAGGAACUGUUGGACUCCACCAUUGAAAAGGGGGCCCCGCUUAGUUUAAAAUAUCGACCAAGGGAAGGAAGAGGCUAUUUCACAGCAAAUCGCCGAGAGCAUACGCCCUCGGUGGGGCAAAAAUUUCUCAGUGAACUACACGCUUCGACGUAUACAGCGCCAGUUACUCUUGGAAAUGUAGCCGAGAAAUCGUUGCAUGAUGAAUCAGUAAAGCGCGAAACUAUCGACGAGGGCAAAAAUGCUGCUCCGAAAGUCACAGCUCAAAGGAAUAAGCCGUUCUCACAGCCUCUUUACGGGAGAACUCAUCACCAACUUCAUUCACUCCAAACGAGGACUUCUUCUAAAGUAAAGACGCCAGGCAAGACGAAAGACAUAAACGUGGGCAUCCAGACCUUAUCGGCAAUCGUUGACAGUCUCGCGAAGAACAAUAUGCCAAAGCUGAGACAGGAACAGCAAGACGAUAAAGACUUGUUAGAAAAUCACAAGGAUACUGCCUCAACCUCGGUUACUCAAUCUUAUGCACUACCAUACCCCAAUACAAAUGCUUCCGAAAGCUCUCGAAGUAAAGCACACAUUUUUAAACAGCAGGAAGUUCUCACUAACGAAAACGACGGAAGACAUAAUUCUUCUAUUCACGGAAUGCCUCUUCAACCAGCCUCUGCAGGAUAUAGCGAGAUGCCACCUGCUAGCUCGAACGAGAGUCGUCGGCGCUCGCAACAUUCUACUCGUCAUCAGUCACACGGGAUUCAACAAGAAUUAGUCAAAACACACGUUCCAAAUUAUGACUCCAGUUCUCCUGGUCAAUACGGUUUCGUUCAGGAGAAUUCUAUCGCUAACGGAGCAGCAUCUGGGCAAAAAAAAACUAAAAAUUUCAGUAACCCUAUGUACGUCGAGCAUGAGGCAAAUGGCUUCCCACUGCAGGGUCUUCCAGCUGUGCGGCCAAUAUCACCCGAAGGAACUUUUCAAGACACAUUCUUCGAUACAUACGCAGCAAGUCCCGGCUCGCUGUAUGUGCCAGAGGCGCCACAAAUACAAAGUAACGCCUUUUCGAUCAGCUCAAUUGGCCAAGGAGGUUACAGACAACGAUUUGUAGGAAACUUGUAUAGUGGAGCCGAAUCCAGUUACGGAAGGAUGUUUGGUCAGCCGGUUCCGAAUUUCGGAUUGUCCACUCAUGCAGACACCGGUAACUCAGGACUUUUUCCAGCUCAACAAAACGAUCCUGUUCCAGGCAGAAUCUACAAUCCCUCAAUCAAACAGAGUUUCGAUGAUUACAGCGAGAACUUCUAUUUCAACAGUCACAAUUUGAACUUCGCUACUGGAGAAAAUGAAUUCGCCGGUCUUGAAGGAAAACGUCAAUAUUUGUCCGCCAGUCUAUCAGCCAACAGCGACUUGGAAUUGCCAUUCCGAGGAAGCUUCCAUAAUGGCCAAACGGACCAUAGGACAAAUCUGCCCGGAAAUGCAUUCGAGUAUAACGGGGUAGGCAAUAACGAUCUCGGACUCCAUGAAAUCAGUGUACCAUUUGCUGGCUCACAGCACGGUGCCAUUCAAAUAUCGCCUAAUAAAGUGGGCCACUUGUCUGUGGUCCAAAACAGUCAGAGAGAUUCUCGGCCAUACGCCAUUUUGCCCGGUGGCAACUUUCACCCUGCGCAAACAGCGUCUACAAAAACUCCCCCAGUUCCGGAUCUCAAGUAUCAUGAGCAGCACCAACAGCAUCCACAAUGCGCGGCUGCAUCCGAUAUGAAGUCUCAUAAUGCGACGUAUUGUACGGAAGACGUUAACUACCCAAGGGACUCCGUCAUGCAAAGCGCAUUUCUCGACCCAUUAACGGCACGUCGUCUGGUGCCACAUAUUCCAGAUGAACAAUUGGUUUUUGCGGAACCCUACGAUACUUUUGCAACGGAUUUGAUGGAGCCGCAGGAGAGUGUGGCUGGCGAGUCGAAUAAGAAGUACGACGGACCUGAUAAGACAAGCGAAGACAAGGAUUCGGCUGCUAAAAGCGAACUUCGAAAAGCAUGCAGGUCACAGGUGGCAACAAUACGACCUUUACGAGCCCAAAAUACACAGAACCAGUGGAAGGUUAUCGUGAACGUGGACACACCGCGCAAUGGCCAGAAGUAUGAACAGCUUGUGCGGAUAGAAACUUGCAGAUGGCCAUCAAUGUCCUGCUCCCACGUGUCCUCAUCGGUCCAGAAAUCGGUGUGCUCACAGGAGUUGACUACACAUCGAUUGGCUGCUUGGUCACUUGAAGAAGGACUUCAUAUGGAUACAUUCCAUUUCCCGGUGGCCUGCUCAUGCCUUGUCGAAACCGAAAAGUAGCAGAGAAACCUAUGCUACAUAAAACAACUGCAAGAUCUUUUGAAGAUCUUCCCAAAUUACAUUUUCUGCCAAGCAUCAUAUGUAUGUCGUAUGACUUGAGCAUGGAAUAUACAUGAGUUAACUCUAGUUGGUCUGGGAAAUGUGUCAUACAGGCUAGUUAGCAACAGGUCAUGUAAAGAGUUUGAUUUUGUUGUAACAGCAAGAAGCUGUGAAUCAUAAAUGCAUCAUACUGGACCAGAACAGAGACGAAUGUUUGUUAAAAUAUGAAUUAU